UAAAUGGAACUUUUAGACUGCAGUACAAAGACAGAGACUUUGGAGAUGCACUCGUGAACUUGACAUCAGAACUUGAGGAUUUGACAACUGUCAAGGUCAUCCCAAUAACUGAUGAUUGCAGCGAAGGAUUUGAUAUCACUGCCUCUAAUGAGUCGAUGUGUACCCAAUCAGAUGACACAGAGCUCCUGUCCUCACCCUCCAGCACUGUCUCUACAAGAACUCAGUUGUGGCCAAGAGUGUUUCCAAUCCCAACAUUCUCUUAUGAAACUGAAAUACAUUUAGAAACAGGAAAUGCAGUGCAUAGGUCAAACAUGACAAGAUUGUCAAUGAGUUUUAAAUUAAAGUCAGAUAUCCUGGAAAAAGUAGCUGAAGAGAUGUUUAAGUACAAAGCCUACCCAACCGAUGCUGACUUCAGUGACGUGGCCCAAGCACUAAUCAAGAAGCACCCAUGCCUCUCUGAGACUGGUUCGUUCAACGGUUGCUAUGGGUGGAAGCAGCGCCUGAAAACUAAAAUGGGCAACUACCGUACUCAGCUGAAGGGCAUCGGGUGUUUUGAACUGCUUGUAAAUUCAUUCAAAUCCAAAGCCCCAGGAGAUGCAUUGCCAGCAAAGAAUGUCAAGAAACCUAUCAGAGGAGAGGCCAACCACAUUCCUGACAUUCCUACUGGAGAGACCUCAGACAAAUUGGAAAAUGAGAGACUGUCACUUUUAAGUGAGGUGAAGAAGAGAAACAAUCGUACAGUGAUAAAGUCGAAAAUGGACAAGACUUUUUCAGUGCGAAGACAAGAAAUUGUGGAAAAGGAAUUGGGAGUGGAAGAGUUGAAAGAGAGAUGGCCUGCAUUGUUCUCAGUGGAUGAGAUCAAUGCUGAAUUUACAAGAAUUACAACUGUGCCACUUCAACCGCGCUUCCUCGCUGCCUUGGACAAGCACUACGGCAGACUGAUGGAGAUCAUCAAAAAAAAGGGAGGAGUUAUCGGAGAGAAAACCCGGAACAUACUGAAAGUUCUUGAUCACGUAUGUACUUGCUUUGUUUACGACUUUGGAGUCGGAGAUUACCUGUUGAUCGAUGCACUACCUUAAUCGUUUUAGUUUCAAAGGUCUUUUAAAUGGUUUGCUCAAAGUGUGUGUACAUUAGGGUCUUGCAAAAAGUGCAAUAUUGCUCUUGACCAUCCGACCGCAUGUCAAGUGAGUGUGGCACAUUUCAUUUUUAUUUUAUUUUUUUCAUUAUCGAGAGUUGGAAAAAAAAUCAGUCUGAAUCUCAUUUCCCUUCUGUGUUCUGCAUUUAACAAUAAUUAGGUAUUUAAUUACUAUUAAAACGGUCAUCUUUGUCAUUUAAAAGCCAACAAUGUACCUUAUACAAGGACCUAAAAUAGUUUAUUUACAUAGCACUUAAAUCUGGAUCUUCUGAGUAAUAUCAAAUAAAAACAAUAAUUCAGCAUUUUCACUAUUGAGUCGAUAAUCAGGGGAAAUUCCUUAAUCGCAACAGCCCUAAAUCACUAUUUCUGUAACUCCAAGUGCCCAUUUUAUGCAUUGUAUAGUGUUGCCUCUACAGUGAAUUGUUCAAAUUGGACAGCAUCAUUUUGCAUUUUUAUAAUUUUGUGUGUUUGUGCUUUCACCUAGAGCCUUGAGGUGAAUCUAAAAAGAGUGUCUGCUUAAGUGCCUGAUUGUGUACCUUGGGGAAGAUGGGGACAACCUUAUCAAGGACUAUCUGGUUGUUCAGAAGGAUGAAGCUUGGUCCCAGCUUCAGAAGUGCAAAAUGGCAGUGUUUGUCUUCAGGGAGGAGGAGGAUUGCCUCCAGCCGCCACACGACAUUGGAGUUGUGAUCGAUGGUGAGGUCCUUAAUGGUUUGCAAUCAGUAGCGCAUGCAUGUGCCAUGUUGCUUGGGCUCAUUUAUGCUCUAAACUUGAGCUAUCCAAGUGAACUAAAACACACUUUUGAUGCUCUGCAAAAAAUCUUCAUGGAGAUAGAAGCCAAAAAGAUGACCCAGCGAGUGUGCACUCUGAGUCUUAAACUCUAAAUAUUGUUGUGCAUCUUAUGCACAAAGGGUUUAUCCCUUGUUAGCACUUUAUAAUAAGUGCACACUAUUUAGCAUUAGUAUAGCAAUGACAAACAAUGAAUUCAUCAUUUAUAAAGCAUUAUUCCAACAUGAAUACUCAUUAGUAACUCAUUCAUAAACACAGUUCUAAAUGUUUCAUUAAGCUUGGGUUUCAUACUUUAUGAAUGAUAGAUUCCCCAUUUGUAAAUGAAGUAUUCAGGACUUUUAUAUGAUUGAUAAGAUACUUUGUAAAGUGUUAGGAAAUGAUACACAAUACUUAAUUUACAAAUGGGGAAUCCAUCAUUUAUAAAGUAUAAAACACAAGCUUAUUAAUCAAGAAUGAAACAUUUAUAACUGUGUUUGGGAAUGAGUUACUAAUGAGUAUUCAUGUUGGAACAAUGUUUUAUAAAUGAUGAAUUCAGUGUGUAUUCAUGCUUUACUAAUGCUAAAUAGUGUGUACUUAUUAUAAAGUGCUACCCUUCUUUGUUAUUAUAGUCUCUCAUGUUAAAGGACGGAUGUAAAAAAACACAGUAAUGGCAUUCAAAUUGUCAUGUUUAAAUGGAGCCAUAUUGUAAUCGUAUUGUUCAUGUUAAGAUUUAUGUAGAUCUUUUGAAGUCUAUAUUUUUGUUAUAGUUUAAACUAAAUUAGACACUGAUUGUAACAAUGUUUUAUAUUCUAGCAUAUUUUGCGUUUGUUUAUGGUAAACCUUUUAAGUUGUAUAAAAGCAACAUGAAAAUGUAUAUUCUUCUACAUUCAGCAACUUUUUUCCUUUGGACUAAAUUAAAUAUAUUAUUAAUUGCAAUGUACUAAAACCAAAAUGUAAUUUAAGAUUAAUAAAAUGACCUGUAACAAAUUAGUGUUUCAAUUAGUUAAGUCCAAAGUAAAAACGGUGCUUGUAUGUAAUAGAAAAUAUAUAAUUGUCUUUCUUUUUUUUUCAAAUUGAAAAAUAAAGUUGUUUUAAUGUAAAACAAACAAACAUG